AUGGCCGAAACUCCAUUCAGGCCUCUUAAUGUCAUCGCCGGCGCAGAUCCAGCCAUCCCAGUGACCAGCGUCAAGUUUGAUCCCCACCACGAACUCGUCUGGGCCGCUAAUGAAAAUGGGUACAUAUCGUCAUACUAUGGCGCAGGAUUGCAACGGUACUCGAGUUUCAAGGCUCACAAGGGCCCCGUCCGGCAGAUGAUGGUGCUCGAUCGUGGGAUUGUCUCGAUCGGCAAGGAUAGUAUCCAUCUCUCCAACCGUCGUGGCGUUGCCAGCUGGAACCUCCUGCAAGACCUUCACUCGAUGGCACUCAUGGGCAAUGCCGAGAUUGUUGUGGCAGGACAACAGGAUAAGAUUCUGUCCAUCAACAUGAUCCGAGGCAUCGUUACCAAGAAGGUCGAGACAGAUUCAGAGAUUGUCGUGAUGAAGAAAUCGCGACUGCUAGUAUGCGGAUCGACCCGAGGAGACUUGAUCCUUCACGACCCACGAUCCAUGGCAGUGGAACACAGGAUUCAAGCCCAUACUGGUACCAUCUCGGAUCUGGACGUUUCAGGAAACUUGAUUGUCACUUGCGGGUUUUCGGAACGACAGGGCACCUUGAUCAUCGAUCCCCUGGUCAAGGUCUAUGACAUGCGUACAAUGCGAUCGCUCGCGCCGAUCCCGUUCCCCAAUGGACCCUCCUUCCUCAAAAUGCACCCAAAGCUCUCGACGACUGUGUGCAUUGCAUCCCAGACUGGACAAUUUCAGAUGUGCGACGUCGGAAACCUCACCAGCGGAAUUCAGUUCUACCAGAUCAACACGUCGAGCUAUGUCAAUUGCUUUGAUAUCUCGUACAGCGGCGAGAUGGUGGCGCUUGGUGAUGCGACAAACGUAGUACACAUGUGGGGCGACAAACAGGAACCUCAGAUGAACCACUUUUCCAACCCAAUCGACGCUCCGACAAUGCCAGUACCACCCACCGUCGCCGUCGGCGAUAACGACCCUCUGUCCUCAAUUGGGAUGCCCUAUUACACGGAACAGUUGCUCUCAGCAUGGCCCGCCAAGACCAUCUUCCCUGUCGGACGAAAGCCACAACCGAUCCCCUCAGUCAUCUUGGACAACAUGAAAAUGAUUGACUUUGUUGGAUAUGCACCCAACCCUGGCCUCAGAUUGCGUAACCAGGCACCAUCUCUGCCCAAGGUCAACUUGCGGGAUACGCCAAAGUUCAGGAGCGAGCAGCAGAAGGAGUUGUACUUUGGCAAGAGGAAAGGAUCGAUGGCGGUGGCUCAGGAUCAGGAUGAUGCCGAUGUGGAUCUUGCUACUGGAAUCGUGCCAAAGUACUACAAGCGCGUCGAAAUCAAGUACAGCAAGUUUGGUGUCGAAGAUUUUGACUUUGGGUUCUACAACAAAACGCAAUUUGGAGGUCUGGAGACGCAUAUUGCCAACUCGUACUGCAACGCUCUUCUACAGGUCUUGUUCUUCACACCUCUACUCAGGACCUUGGCCAAGGCUCACAUCGGCCAAACAUGUCCUCGCGAGAACUGUCUGACAUGCGAACUUGGAUUCUUGUUCCGGAUGCUGGAGGAUGCCAAUGGACAAAACUGCCAAGCCCGUAACUUUUUGCGCGCCUUUAGCACCAUUCCACAAGCAUCUGCACUUGGCCUGUUUGAACCUGAUGAGCCCGACAGCAAGACAAUGUACUCAUCCUUGAUCCAGAACUUCAACCGCUUUGUGCUGGAGCAACUUCAUCAGGAAUGCAGUUUGGACAGAACCUCGGCAGCAGCAGGGCUCAACACCCCAUCGGGAUCGGCGACUUCUCCCAUUCAGCGGGUUUUCGGAAUGAAAACGGCCAAUACUAACAUCUGUGGACAUUGUGGACUCGAGGAAGAACGGAUCACGUACCCCUUUGUUCUUGAUCUGAUGUGGCCCAAGCCCCCUGCGCCAACAAACGCACACCAGUCGUCCAAGAACCACCAUCACCAUAAGGCCAAGGAACAGCAGCAUCCUAUGUCGUUUGCAGAUGUCUUGAAGGCGUCCAUCUGGAGAGAGUCACACAACCGGGUAUGGUGCACACAGUGCCAGCAGUACCAACCAACGACCAGUCGCAAAACUCUCCAGGAUCUUCCUUUGGUUCUCAGCAUCAACACAGCCAUCAACUCGAAGGAGCAGCCGACUGCUUCCUCGGGCAUGUUUUUGGACGACCAUGGCAAGGGCGCCGAUUGGCUGCCUCUCAGGUUCUCGUUGGGCGUGGAUGACAAGAAUGUCCAAGUGUUUGAGAGUGGAGCACGCGAAACUGGCGACUUCCCCUUGAAUGCAGAAUAUGAACUCACUGCUGUCGUCAGUCAGGUCCAGACAAUCGGUGAUGUCCCCCAUCUCGUUUCCCACAUCAAAGUCAUAUCUGAUAACGAUCCUGAGAUUUCUGAGCAGUCGCCUUGGUACAUUUUCAACGACUUUUUGGUCAAAAAUGUGCAAGAAGGCGAAAUCUCGCAGUUUCCCAACUCUUGGAAGUUACCUUCAAUCCUAUAUUAUACCAAGAUCAAUAAUGGUCCCCCACCUAUGAUCUCGGAGACACCUGAAGGCCCAGAUACCAGCAUUCUUCACAUGGACCUUUCCAUCUCAAAACAUCGAGACCCCAACUAUAUGUUCUACCAGCUGCUAAGGCCAGAGGAGAUCAAGCCAGACGAAAAGAUGUUGAUCGCGAUCGACACAGAGUUCGUAGCGCUCAGCCGAGAGGAGACAGAGAUUCGGAGUGAUGGUACAAAGUCGCUACUCCGCCCGCCAAGGAUGAGUCUGGCAAGGGUGUCUGUUCUUCGCGGCGAUGAAGGUCCUCUGGAGUACGUACCUUUUAUUGACGACUACAUUGCAACCUCUGAGCCUGUCGUGGAUUAUUUGACCGAGUACUCUGGCAUUCAACCCGGCGAUCUGGAUCCGGGAAAGUCCAAGCAUACGUUGGUACCUUUGAAGGUGGCGUACAAGCGUCUUCGAGUCCUUGUCGACAUGGGGUGUAUCUUUGUUGGACACGGUCUGCGCCAAGAUUUCCGUAUCAUCAAUAUCUUGGUUCCGCCUGAACAAGUCAAGGACACGGUCGAUAUUUUCCACAUCAAGAACCGUCAAAGGAAAAUCUCAUUGAGGUUCUUGGUUUGGUAUCUGCUGCACCAGGACAUUCAAUCAGAGACACACAACUCGAUCGAGGAUGCCCGCACAGCAUUGGCACUCUACAAAAAGUAUCUCGAGCUCAAGGAAAACGGUCUUUUCCAGGAAGUUCUAGAGGAUAUUUAUAACGAGGGAAGAAAGAACAACUGGAAGCCCACCCCUGGUCAGUUCCCUUCUCCUUGGCCUCGGACAUCGACACCAGUGAUCGCCAAUAAUGGACCUGGCGGCGGAGCUACUUUCCAGACUCUUUCACGGCCUGGCACGCCUGCGACGCCUGCGACCCCUGGGACUCCCUUAAUAGGAUCGGUGCCCGUAGUGUUGGGACCAUCUUCGGCUGGUGGGAUUGUUGGCGUUGGAGGUGCGAAUGCGAGCGGUGGUAGUAUUGUGAUGACAGCUCCUACUUCAUUACAGUCACCGCUUGGUAUGUCUGUUCAUCAACAGCAGAUGCAGCAGCAGCAAAUGCAUCACCAUCAACAACAACAGAUGUUCUUGCAGCAGCAGCAACAACAGCAGCAACAAUGGUCGCAGCAGCAGCAACAGCAACAGCAAGGAUACGCGUAUCCUAUGGGUGGUCAACCACCCCAGCAGCAACAGCCUCCACCCCACAUGUAUCAACAACAGCGCCCUUUCCCCCCAUCAUGA